CACUCAUCUCACUCUCACCAUGGCACUCCCUGCACCUGCGCCGCUGCGCGUGCUUCUCCUCGGCGCCGGCGGGCGCGAGCAUGCGCUGGCCGCACACCUCCUCGCCUCGCCGCGCGUGCAGCACGUGUACGUCGCGCCCGGCAACGGCGGCACCGCCAUGCCACCGCGCGCCAGCAACGUCGAUGUGCCUGCCACGCCGGCCGACGGCUUCGCGGCCAUUGUGCAGUGGGCCGUGCAGCAGCAGAUCAACCUCUGCAUUCCCGGCCCUGAGCAGCCGCUCGUCGACGGCGUCGAGGCCGCCUUCCGCGCUGUCGGCAUUCCCGUUUUCGGCCCGUCACCCAUCGCCGCCCAGAUGGAGGGCAGCAAGACGCUUGCCAAGGCCUUCAUGGCGCGGCACAACAUCCCCACGGCCGCCUUUGCCGCCUUCGACGCGACGCAGCUCGUCGACGCGCGCAACUUUGUGCGCAGCUGCGGCGGCGCCCAGCGCGUCGUGCUCAAGGCCAGCGGCCUGGCCGCCGGCAAGGGCGUGCUGCUGCCCGAGACGGAGGAGGAGUGCGAGGAGGGCCUGCAGGACAUUCUCGUGCGCAAGACGUUCGGCGAGGCUGGCUCGUCGCUGCUCAUCGAGGCGCGCCUCUCUGGCCCCGAGCUCUCGAUCCUGACCUUUUCGGACGGCUACAGCACCUACUCGCUGCCGUGCUGCCAGGACCACAAGCGCAUCGGCGAGGGCGACACGGGCCCGAACACGGGCGGCAUGGGCGCCUACACGCCCGCGCCCGAGGGCCUCGUGCCUGGCAUGACCGAGCGCAUCGAGCGCGAGAUCAUUGCGCCGUCGAUUGCCGGCAUGCGGCGCGACGGCUUCCCCUUCGUCGGCCUGCUCUUCACCGGCAUCAUGCUCACCGAGCAGGGCCCGCAGGUGCUGGAGUACAAUGUUCGCUUCGGUGACCCCGAGACGGAGGCCGCGCUCGAGCUCAUCGACGUCUCGAACGGCGUCGGCCUCGCCGAGCUCAUGCUGGCGUGCGUCGAGCGCCGCCUUGACUCGGUCGUGUGCCAGACGCGGCCUGGCGCUGCCGUCUCCGUCGUGCUUGCCUCGGGCGGCUACCCGGGCAAGUACAGCACGGGCGUGCCGAUCACCAUCGGCGAGCUGCCGGCCGGCGUCAAGGUUUACCACGCCGGCACGAAGCGCGGCCCGGCUGGCGAGCUGCUCACGGCUGGCGGCCGCGUGCUUGUCGUCUCUGCCGCCGGCGAGACGCUGCAGGACGCUGUCAAGCUCGCAUACGCGGGCGUGGACUGCAUCUCGUUCGAGGGCAUGGUGGUGCGCCGGGACAUUGCGCACCGCGCUCUCAAGCCCGCUCAGGCAGCUGCAAGUCAGGGCGGCCUGACGUAUGCCCAGGCGGGCGUGGACGUGGACGCGGGCAACGCGCUCGUCGAGGCCAUCAAGCCGGCGGCCAAGAGCACACGGCGGCCAGGCUGCGACGCCAGCCUGGGCGGCUUCGGCGGCGUGUUCGACCUCAAGGCCUGCCAGUUCAAGGACCCCGUCCUUGUCAGCGGCACGGACGGCGUGGGCACCAAGCUGCGCGUGGCUAUUGACGCCAAGAAGCACGACAGCGUCGGCAUCGACCUUGUGGCCAUGUCCGUCAACGACCUGCUGGUGCAGGGCGCCGCGCCGCUCUACUUCCUCGACUACUUUGCGUGCAGCAAGCUCGACGUGCCGAUUGCCUCGGCUGUCGUUGCCGGUGUCGCCGCCGGCUGCCGGCAGUCGCACUGCGGCCUCAUCGGCGGCGAGACGGCCGAGAUGCCGGGCAUGUACGAGGGCGACGACUACGACCUGGCCGGCUUUGCCGUCGGCGCCGUCGAGCGCGAGCUGCUGCUGCCGCGCGUCGACGCCGUGCAGGCCGGCGACGUGCUGCUCGGCCUGCGCUCGUCGGGCGUGCACUCCAACGGCUUCUCGCUCGUGCGCAAGAUCGUCGAGCGGGGCGCCGCCCAGCUCUCUGCGCCUACGCCCUUUGCCUCUCCCAAGGGCCACGCCACGCUCGCCGAGGCACUGCUUGAGCCCACGCGCAUCUACGUCGAUGCCCUCUCGCCGCUGCUCGGCCUCGCCGACGGCGCCGCGCCGCACGCCAGCUGGAAGGGCCUGCGCGCCCUGUCGCACAUCACCGGCGGCGGCUUCACGGACAACAUCCCGCGCAUCCUGCCGGCGCACCUCGGCGCCGUCGUCGACGUGAGCGCGUGGCAGCAGCCGCCGCUGUUCGCCUGGCUGCAGAAGGUCGGCGGCGUCGAGGCCAAGGAGAUGUGCCGCACAUUCAACUGCGGCAUCGGCAUGGUGCUCGUCGUGGCCAAGGAGAGCGUGGAGGGCGUGCUCGAGGCGCUCGCACAGGGCGGCGAGAAGGACGUCGUCACCAUGGGCACCGUGCAGGAGGGCGCCGGCGUGCGGUACACGGGCUUCGAGUCGUGGAGC